ACAAACACGGACAAAAACAAGACGAGCUGAGAAUUAGCCGUGUGGCUCUUAACGUGUUAAAAGAGCGGAAUUAAAUACGUUGUCAGUUGGACCCUUGUUGUCGAAGGGUCUCAGUAGACGGAUAAAUGUCUGAUGCAGCAGGAGCUCCUAGAAGAGAAGAAGAGGAGGAAGUUACACCUGAACCAGAGGAGCAAUCAGACGACAGCAGUGGGGAGGAGGAGGCUGCAGGAGAAAUGGACUUCCUGCGCAACCUCUUUUCCAGCACCCUGGGCCUCGGAUCAGCGGAAAAAGUUCUGGAUGAGCUGACCCUGGAGGGAGUGGCGCAAUACAUUAAGAGUGGCAAAUGUAAAAACAUCCUCUGCAUGGUUGGAGCGGGUAUAUCCACAUCGGCUGGGAUCCCUGAUUUCCGCUCGCCUGGAACUGGGCUGUAUGCGAACCUACAGAAAUAUAACCUGCCCUACCCAGAGGCUAUCUUCCAGAUAGAUUACUUCAAGAAACAUCCAGAGCCAUUCUUUGCCUUGGCUAGGGAGCUUUACCCAGGACAGUUUAAGCCGACAAUCUGUCACUACUUCAUGAAGAUGCUGAAGGACAAGGGGCUCCUGAAACGCUGCUACACACAGAAUAUUGACACCCUGGAGCGUGUGGCCGGGCUCGAGGGAGACGAUCUAAUUGAAGCUCAUGGAACUUUUUACACAUCCCACUGUGUCAGCUUCUGUUGCCGCAAGGAGUACAACCUGGACUGGAUGAAAGAAAAAAUCUUUUCUGACGACAUUCCCAAAUGUGACAAAUGCAGCAGUCUCGUCAAACCAGAUAUCGUCUUCUUUGGAGAGAAUCUACCUGUCCGGUUCUUCACUUCAAUGAAGAUGGACUUUCCUCGUUGUGAUCUUCUCAUCGUCAUGGGGACGUCUCUGCAAGUGCAGCCGUUUGCGAGUCUCGUCAGCAGGGUUUCAAAAAGCUGUCCCAGGCUGCUCAUCAACAUGGAGAAGGCCGGGCAGGCUGACCCCAUGAUGGGGUUGCUUGGUUUUGGAGGAGGGAUGGACUUUGACUCAGAAAAGGCAUACAGAGACGUAGCUUACAUCAGUGCGUGUGACGACGGCUGUUUGGCUCUAGCUGACCUGCUGGGAUGGAAGGUGGAGCUGGAAGAGCUGGUGAAGCAGGAGCAUGCCAGGAUCGACAGUCAGGAGAAGCAAGAAAAGGCCGGCGCGAGCAAAGGAGCCGCAGCCAAGUCGAGCUCCUCAUCGGUGGCACCAGAGCCUAAAAAGGAAGAGUAACUAAUUAGAAAAGCUCCUCCCUUUUUCUUUAAAA